GGCACGCGUCCGCCGUGUGAACCGCACCAGGAUCAGCAUCCCGUAGCAUCCCUUCAAGCGCAAUUCGAGCAGGAGAACUCCCGAUAUGACCAAGAUGAUAAUACAAAACUCGGGCAGCUGGACGCUUUGCGGAGCUCUACUCCUGUUCGUCCUGCCGCUGAUACCCACGCCGGAGGCACUGCAGCACACCGAGGAGGGUCUCGAGAUGCUUUUCCGCGAGCGUUCCCAAUCGGACUGGGAGAACGUGUGGCACCAGGAGACGCACUCCCGCUGCCGAGACAAGCUGGUCCGCCAGCUUUAUUGGGCCUGCGAGAAGGACAUUUACCGACUGACCCGGCGCAACAAGAAGAGGACGGGCAAUGAUGAGGCUUGGAUCAAGAAGAGUACCACGGAACCUGAUGGCUCAACCUGGCUGCAUGUGAACUAUGCCAACAUGUUUCUGCGGAGUCGUCGAUCGGAUGGAAACACUCCAUCGAUAUCGAACGAAUGCUGCACCAAGGCGGGUUGCACCUGGGAGGAAUACGCCGAGUAUUGUCCUUCCAACAAGCGACGCAAUCACUACUGAUUGGCCAUCGACGGUGGAUCUGCUUAGAUAUAUACGAACAAAUAUAUAUUCGCUUUUUUUUCGUGGUUGUUGUUGAUGUUCUUGUUGUGGUCAAAUA